CUGGUUCUAGCCCUGAGCUCUAUUCAGAGCUGCCUCCCAGAGUCCCAGCAGGAGCACCAUGAAGUCCACCAGGUUCUCCUUCUUCUCUGCGAUGGCUCCCUUCCUCAUCCUCUGGGCUCAGCUGCCGUCAGUGCCCGCCCCAUUUUCAGAUGUCUGCAGCACCUUCCCAAAGGACUCUGACCGGUGUGGCGACCCCAAACCGCGCUUCUUCUACAACUCCACCUCCAAGGCAUGCGAACCCUUCACCUUCAGAGGCUGCUUGUGGUACCGCAACCGCUUUUACACCAUCGAAGAAUGCCAGCGCCACUGUGGAUGGAUUGAAAAGCCUGGCUCCUGCCUCCCGAGUCCUCAAAACAUCACCCUGGAGUGCUUGGCCGAGUGCCUUCAUGACGGAAACUGCCCUGCGGAUGAGAAGUGCUGUUCUUAUGGCUGUGCCUUGCGCUGCUCUAAGCCCAUCAAAGAUAUUUGCAAGCUGCCUUCAGAUUACGGCGCCUGCCAUGGAAAAUUCCGGAGCUGGUAUUACGACGAGCGUGACCAAAAGUGCAAGAAGUUCACCUACAGCGGCUGCCUCGGAAACAAGAACAACUUCAGGAAGCGCAAGGAGUGCCUGGCCAGGUGCAAACCAGCAGGGUCUUCCUAAGACUUCCUCGCUCACCCACUGCCUGGCCCAAGGCCCUCAAACCCGGCCAGCCUGCGAUGGCCUCACGUGAGAAGAGAUGGCAUCGCACAGACAAUUAUCCGGGUACAGGAAUGAAUCCAUGCUUCCGCGAAGCGUCCGCCGCUGCAAGAAACUUCCUGGUGGUUGACAUGGGCUUCUCCCAAGGGGGUGUGGCAUUGCUCCUGGUGGGGUGCAAAGGACCGCAUUCUCUAAGAGUUUGCACCCUUCUUCGUAUGCAUGUAUCCAUGCUGUGCAAAGGCCGGCAUGUGGCAAAUGAAGCCAGGCAGCCAAUAGGCGCUUGCAGAAACUCUGGUAUGAACUCUCAUAAUAAUAAUAAUAAUAAUAAUUUAUUAUUUGUACCCUGCCCAUCCGGCUGGGUUUCCCCAUCCACUCUGGGUGGCUUCCAGCAAAGAUUAAAAUCUCCUCAGAGGAGGAAGAGGAAGACGAGGAGGGAAGAGAGUUCUGCCUUCCUUGCUGCCACCUCACUUGAGUGCUUCCUGGGUGCUUCUUCCCACCUGCCACCGCUUCCCUGUUCUUCCAGAAGCACACACAACUGGAGGACUCAUAGAACCAUGGAAUGGUAGAGUUGGAAGGGUUCCCCAGGGGUCAUCUAGCCCAACCCCCUUCAAUGUAGGAAUCACAGCUCAAGCAUCCCUGACAGAUGGAUUGGCCACCCAACCUCUGCUUAAAAACCUCCAGGGAAGGAGAGGCCACCACCUCCUGAGGGAGACCGUUCCACGGUUGAACAUCUCCCACAGCCAGAAAGUUCUUCCUGAUGUUUAAUCGGAAUCUCCUUUCUUGUAACUUGAAGCCAUGGGUUCAAGUCCUACUCUCCAGAGAAAAAGAAAACGAACCUGAUCCCUCUUCCAUGGGGCAGCCCUUCAGCUAUUGGAAGACUCACGUCACCUCUGGCACUCACAUCACCUCUCCGUCUUCUCUUCUCCAGGCUAAACAUCCCCAACUCCCUCCACCGUUUCUCACAAGACUUUGCUUCCACACCCUUGACCCUCUUGGCCCCCCUCCUCUGCAUACCUUCCACCUUGUUGGGGUCCUUCUGGAGUGUUUUUGCAACUGCUGUGGCCAUCGCUCAAGGGGAAGGUGUAGCAGACCAGGCAGGGCUUCCCUUUCACGGUCCAAAAAGCCACAAAUGUGAGGGGAGGAGAAGAGGGGGUCAGGUUGUGUUGACAGGCAAGCAAGGCUUGAACCACAACCUUUUUAGGGGAUGCUGUGGUAGAAACAGGGGCAAACGAAGGCUAACCGUCGCCUGCGCACGCCUUGCGACGCUAUGUACGACGCAUGCAUGGCGUCGCUACGUAGGGUGCAUGUGCGGCGUCGCUACGCACAGCGCAUGGAUGCAACACCACGCAUGUGUUGUACGUAGCAGUUUGUCGCCGGCGCCGCUGGAACGGUGGCGGGAUCCUCUGCUUGCGGCUGCAGCACCCCACAGGGUGCCUUCUUGUCAACCCCCCUGACAUGGCACCCGGGGCAAACCGCCCCCCGCCCCCCCUUGCAACACCACUGGGUAAAAAGGGGGACAUGUGAAGGCAGAGAGGAAGCAGCCUUACCCCAGGGUGACAGCAUCCCCUCCAGCCCCCUUUCCCCGGCCCUGGAGCUGAGGAACCUUUUGAGGGACACAUUCCAAUGGGGGUAAUCUCUUGGGAGCCACAUACUGUACCAGGGAUGGGGGGGGGGGGGGAGAGACUGAAGUUAAAUGUGGUCUCUCCCUUCUUCCUUCCUUCCUUCCUUCCUUCCUUCCUUCCUUCCUUCCUUCCUUCCUUCCUUCCUUCCUUCCUUCCUUCCUUCUCUCUCUCUCUGCAUAGGGAGGGGGGGAUUUUUGCCAAGGUCCCAGUCCACGGAGAGAGGAGGGUUCACCUCAACCCUCCCCAGCCGCCUCUCCAGUGGAAAUCCCCCACCCCAUGCAUGGCAGAGCUGAAGGGGAGGGGCACAGACAGCCCCCAAAACUGGUGGCAAGGGACUACUGAUCUCUCAGGCCUGACUGGCAGCUUCCUUCCAGGGCCUCCGGCAGAGAACUGUCCUUUUCCAUUUCCCGACAUUCAUUUUUUAUUUUUUUUAAAAAGAUAUUUAUAUACCAUUAACCAGGUGAACUUUGCAAAGCAGUUUACAUAGGGAUAUUAAAUCCAUAAGCCUCAAUUAAGCACCUUUAAGUUAUACAAUAAAACAGCCAAGGCAAGCGACAAACAGUAUUUUCAUUUAUUUAUUCUUGGAAGGUCAGCUGUCUCUCCGCAGCCUCAGGGUAAGGUGGUUCCCGAGCAGCUUGCUGAAAAGGAGAAGCUGCCUCAGGAUCACAGAAUUGCAGAGUCAGAAGGGACCCCCAGGUUCAUCUAGUCCAACCCCCAGCAAUGCCGCAGUCACAGCUAAACAAUCUCUGCUUUUAAAAACCUGGGGGUGUUCUUGGGACUUUCUGCAUGCUGAGCCUGUAGUCCACGGAUGACAAGUGGUCCUUCUCCAAGACUUAAACGGCGGAGUGGGCUUCGUACACAACCAAGAUCAACUGUGAUCAUAUCUGGAUCCAGGGAUUUCAUGUUUUGUGGCAGAUCAAGGGGGGAUGGGGGUGGGGGGAGGCACUUCAUUCUGGGUGCUGACCGGAUGGCUCCAUCUCUCAGUCGAGAGCCCCUCACACACCUCAAGGGGGGGGUCUUUGCCCCAGUUGCUCUCCUCCUCCCUCCUUCUCUCGCUUAGCUUAACCUUUUUGGAAUCUUUGUUCAGAAUUGUUUCGCUUAACAAUGUGAUACUAUUAUAUCAUUGUAACGUUGUCUUUGGGGGGAAUUGGACAAUUGUAUUUUUGAGGGGGGGUUUUCUACAAUCAAGCUUUAUACAAAAUAAAUUACGAAAUAAAUAUGGUGCUUUUAUAUUGUUGAUAUUGUAAUGGUGGGUGGGUGAGCUGCCUGGGGUGAGGUGUGCCUACGGUAUCUUAAAAUCAGAUUCUCCCACCUCUCCGUGGCUGCAGGGAUUAAACUCCUUAAAUGUAGCGAAAGGUCUCUGGAGGUCUUCUCAUGGAGGAGAGGCUAAAGAGGCCUGUUCCAGCAUCCCAACAUCCCACCAUGGGAUGUGCCGGCCCCCCUGGGACCCAUGGCUGCUGGAAUGGCCACUGUAUGGCUGCUGCUGGUGGGUCAGACCCAGGGAUGCCAUGCAGGUGUGGUUUUAGUUUUGCUCUUCAUGUCAAUCCGAUUUUGAUGAAUCACAAAACUAAGUCAGCAGGAGCGGUGAGAAGCAAAGGCCUGCUUUGGCCAAUACCGGUACAUCAUCAACCGAACAGGAAGGCAAUUGAGGUGGCCAAACAGCACCAAAGCAAAGGGCCUGGUAUUUGCCAGGCAAGCGGAGAGGGUGUUUGAUAUAUGUGGUCCUGCUCCACCAGGUAUAGAUUUACAACACUUAACAGCAACUGAUGGGUUUAGGGGAAUGCAGGCAGGCUGUUUUUGAAAAGGCUACUGCAGGCAGCUAAAGAAAAGGCUAGUUUGAUCAUUGAUCAUUGAUCACGGCUUAGGGAGCUGGGUAUGUUUAGCCUGGAGAAGAGAAGGUUAAGGGGUGAUAUGAUAGCCAUGUUCAAAUAUAUAAAAG